CCCCACCGGAGCCUGGCGCUGCGCCGGGGGGUCUCCUGGACUCUCCGCCCCUUGUCUGCGUUUGACAGUCGGCCCCGGGCAGCCGGCUCUGGGCGGAAACCGGGAACGUUGCCCCUCGCGGCACCCAAGCAGCUGGACUCCCCGAGCCGCAGGGAUGUGGGAGUUUUUCUUUAAAAAGAGAAGGAAAGUUACAGUGGAAGGGGGCGCGGGGCACGUUGGGGCCCCUUUGUGCGAGCAGGAAAGGCGUUGUGUCGGCCGCGAUCGAGCCGGGCCCCCACCCCCGGAAAGGGAAGUUUGAGAAGUUGGUUAUCUGCAGGCGGCAGGGGAGCCGCGGCCCGGUGCGUCAGUCACCGAGGCCGGCCGGUCAGCUCGCUCACCUGGGCCACCGAGGCGGUGCUCACCUGGCGAUGCCGCGCGCCCACGCAGUUCUUUCCGAGACACCACCUUCAGUGUCCAGUUACUUCCCCCUAAGAUCCUGGAAGUGGCCACGCAUCCCCCAAGGCGGGCUUCUGAGGCCAGGCGUAUUGCAGAAAAGUUUCAAGAAAAGAAGCGAUUUUCAAAGGAAAGUUACCUGGCAUCCACUUGGCCUGGAUGGGGUAGGGGGUGGGAAUGGUCAGGUGGAAGGCGUGGGAUUAUUUAUUGAGUGCCUGCUAGGUGCUAGGUGCCGGGGAUGCUGCCUUCAGGGAGCUGAUGGUUCCCUGAAGUUAUCGUUUGGUGGAAAUCGAAGAGUUAAAAUCAUAAAACAACUGCCCACCUGAUCGAUCUUGAUCCCCAGAGCUUUAAAAUAAUACAAGCAUUGGGAGCAGAAUCCCUGAGACCUCAAGAGUCACAAAGUUUUGCAGCUGUAGUCCACAAAACUGAGCAUCUGUAGCUGUGGUCUGGUUAACUGAGUUUUGGAGCAAGUCUUCUAACCUUUCUGGCCUCAGUUUCCUCAUCUGUAAAAUCCCAUGGUUGGAUUUAGGUAACUUUAUGUUCCCUUUCUCUUUAACAUCUUUUUUUUUUUUCCCUUGAUGACUUGGAGAUGACCUGGGUAGAUAUGGGGUGAAAUGUAGAAGAUACUGACAGCCCACAUCACAUUGCAACACAUAUUUUCUCUACCAAGGGGCACAGACCCGCUUACCUUUAGGUUUGUGCAGAAGAAAUAUGCACUAGAGUCUAGAUGGCCCUGGUGGCUCAGUGGUUAAGAGCUACAGUGUGCUAUGGCUGCUAACCAAAAGGUCAGCAGUUCAAAUCCAGCAGCCACUCCUUGGAAACCCUAUGGAACAGUUCUACUCUGCCUUAGAGGGUAGCUACGUGUUGGAAUUGACUUGACGGCAAUGAGUUUGGUGUUUUGGUUUUUCUAGAUGGUAAAUUUCACAGAAAGAGAAUUUGAGGUAGAUUGGGAACUUUUUAAAAUAUGGUUUAUAUUGAAGGUGGCAUGGGAUGGGAAUUUUUAGUGGGAUGAGGAAGAAGCACUAUUGUAAGCAAAAAAUCCUAACACGUACUUGAGCUCUAAUGUUUAAUAAAAUCUCAGUGUUUCGUUCUUGGAUGUUAUCCUAUACUGCAGUACCAGAAUGCUCCAGAGUCUCUGGUUUUACAACAGACUCUUAAAAUCUGAGCUAUAUUUUGGUAAUAAAUAUUAAAAAUGGCACCCUUACUUUUCUUUGUACAUUAAAAAUCGUUAAAACGUUGGUUUUAGAUAAUGAAAGAAGGAAAUUAUCGGGCCCUGAUUUUGUUAGUGUAUCUGGAAUGGGCUUUGUUUACAAGGAUAAGAUUUAUGAUUUGCAAAUUCCAGACUCAAUAGUUCAUGAGUUUCACUUAAUCUAUAAACGCACUUUUAAACAAGUAGCUUCAAAAGCCUAGUGUUUCGGUUUUUAAUUUGGGUUUCUAAAUAAUUUUACAAAACCUGCAGUUUUUAUAUUUUUAUGGAAUUACAGUUUCAAAAUGGUUGAACUAAGGGUUCAUUUUGAAUUUGCACUCAUUUGAGUCAAAUUAAAUUUUUGAAGAUGGUUGAAGAUAACAAUAGUGAAGAUGAGAAACCAAACUCCACUUACAUUUUAAUUUUUCACGUAAGUAGUUUCAGAAUUUUCCUAACAUAAUCGGUAGUGUCGAAACAUUUUUCAAAUAUCUCAGUGUAAGAUAAGAUAUGAUGAAAUGAGAUUGUUUAUAGCCUCCAAUGAGGUCAGCUGAAUGAACAUCCAUCUUCUGUCUAGUCGAUGGAUAAGUGGGCACAGGAUUUCAGCAUGAGGACAAAUUCCACUGGUAAAUAUAUUGGUACUGUUUUUGUUUUUGACUUAGUAGAUUCACUCUUCCUAAAUGCUUAAAAUUCAAUUACUUUUUAGGAGGAAAACUUUACGUGUCUGAAAACUCUUCAGAUCUGAAAAAUAAUGAUUUUUACUUUUCAGAUACCUCAAAGAAGAUUCCUGUCGAGGACUCAGUGACUCGAUGUGGGUGACAGUGUCCUAGGGAUAAACUUCUUUCUGGUUCCUAAAGCCACUUGAAUGACAUGCUUAUUUUGUGAGGGUCACAGACUGGAGAUCACUAGGCCCAGAAUUUGAUCUUUGGUCUAGUUACUUUUGUUUUUAUAAAGCACAUUUUCCCCUCCAGGCCACUUUUGGCCACUUCCGUUAAUAACAUCUUAUUUUUAACCGGUUAUGGUUUAUACAAAAUACGAACCACAUCUUGAGUUCAGUGCUGGCUUUUCACGGUAGCGUCCAGUGGAGACAAGGACUCGUGAUUCCCUGUGUGGUCAGCAUAACCGCUGAAAGCUUUCCACUUCAGGUGACUACUUACUGUUCCACAGUUACCAACGUGACUUUUGAAAUUCUUCUUUAGGUUCAUUUUUUAACUCUAUUUUCCCAAUUAAGAAUGACACUUCAUUGGUACCAUUGUAAGAAGGGGCCAUGACUCAUUCUUCCCUCCCCGGUGUCUCCUUGUGCCAGGCAGGAUGCUCACCGUCCUGAAUGAAUAAGACUGACAUGGUCUUUGCUCUCAUUUAUUGAACAUGAAGGACAAGUUGUAGGCAAAGAGAAGGAUACACGUUUUAACCCUGUGUACUUGGAAGCCCUGGUGGCGUGGUGGCUAAAGCGCCCAGCUGCUAACCGAGAGGUUUGCGGUUUGAACCCACCAGCCGCUGUGAGAAAAAGAUGUGGCAGUCUGCUUCUGUAGAGAUUACAGCCUUGGAAACCCUAUGGAGCAGUUCUACUCUGUCCUCUAGGGUCGCUAUGAGUCGGAAUCAACUCAAUGGCAAUGAGUUUGGUUUCUUUGGUGCUGGGAAGCAUUAUUGCAUACUGGUAUUCUAUUUUCUAGACCCCCGUCUUCAAAGCCCAUAUUUUGUUGAAUGUGCUAGGAGGGCGUGCAUGUUGAAUGUUUCCUUCUCGGUCCCUCUGGACAUAUUUUUUCACUGACUGCUUCUCACUUUUCUAUCUCUGCCUUUUUACAGGUCCCCAGUUGGGCCACCUUUAAUUCCACUCCCCAUUCCCAUAGCCCGCGGGAUGAACCCAGUAUGUCUGUUCAGCCUUCCCUUUGCAGCUAGGCUGGAGGUAGAAGAGUGUAGGUUCCAAGCUUUGGAAUCAGGCCAUCCUGGGUUCCCAACCCACGUCCCAUUUACCAGCUCUGUCACCUGUUGCAAGUUAUUUUACUCUUUCUCGGUGCCCUCAUUUAUAAAAUGGGAAUCACAGAACCUGCUUCAUGGAGUUUUGGGGAGGAUUAAAUGAAAUAAUGUUUUAAAGUGCUUAAUGUGGUGCCUGCAGCAUAGUAAGUGCUCAAAAAAUGUCAGCUUCUACUAUUAUUAUUAUUAUUAGCUCCUUAAUCUGGUCCAACAGAGCCCUCAGUGACCUGGUUUCCAUCUGACUCUGCAGCGUGACGUCACACCAAGGCCCACACUUUCCCCUCUUGUUGGUAACAUCUCCAGUCCAUUCCCAUCACCACCCACCUACGUGCUGUGAGUGGCUUAGUCAGCUGUGCCUUUGCUGAAACUGCUACCUCUGUCUGGAACCCUUGCCACCUGGUAACGUUCCUUCAUCUUUUAAGACUUAAGUGCCAUCUUCUUAAGGAAACCUGCUUGGAAUGCCCCAGAUUGAGCUAAGUGUCCCCUUCUGGGUACAGGCCUCUUGUAGUUCUUAACAAUAGGAAGCUGACAUGUCUUUAUGUGACUUCCUUGCCCAGUAGACCUUUAGGCCUGCCCACCUGAUCAAUCAAAGGCGAAGCGUGUGUUUUGUUCAUUUAUCUCCUGGAUCUCAUGUCGUGCCUAGCACAUCAUUUAAAAACCCAUACCCUUACCUUUGAGUCAAUUCUGACUCACAGCGACCCCAUAGCACAGAGUAGAACUGCCCCAUAGGGUUUCUAAGGAAUGGCUGGUGGAUUGGAACUGCUGAACUUUUGGUUAGGAGCCAAACUCUUAACCACUGUUCCACCAGCACCCGGGAAAUGCUCAACUGCGCCUCCACUUUAACCUACUGCGGCUAGAGCAACCGAGGUCUACCAUUUUCAUGACCAAGAAGUCACUGUUUCAUGGGAGUUUGAUUUCAAUGAUAAAAUCUUUACUUUCUGAAUGGCCUAGGCCCUCUUCUAAAUAGGCAAUUGCACUGUUUUGUAGUGUGGAUUUGCUUCUUUUAUUCUGAUGAGAUAUGGAGAAAGAUCUUUGAACUUCUGACAAAUGAGAUGGUGAACUCCUAGAAGUUUUUAUCCCACCUCUUUAGCUGUAAAUGUUGAAUUAUUGCAGGAUAUUUGAAGCCAUUGGGUAACUUUUAAAAAGUUUCACCAAAGAAAUUAUCCAGGAAACGCAGAUUGUUUUUUCCUCCAGAAGGUUGUUGAAAAGAAACGUCCCUUAAAAAAUGAAGAGCUAACAUCUAAAUUUAGUUUCUACUUUUCUUUUUUUUUUUAAUCAGAGUUUUGUUUUUUGUCUGUAGGCAGUGAAGCAGAGUUGAUCAAAGGGACGUGCGGUCCCGAAGCAGCCACUGUCUCUUGAAGAGCAGCAUGGAUCUUUUUUAGGUCUGAUGUAAGCCACUGAAAUGGUUGCAAAUAGGGUGCAGAGGAAACCUAUUUCCUGGCCACAGCAUGGUGUUAGUUAGCCAAUUUUCACAUAAAAGCUUAACCAUAUCACCUUGCUAGCUUUUGCCCAUCAGGUCCUGACGUGCAGCUUCUGCGAAUUUCACCUACGUUUUUCAGUAGAAACGUGUUAGCUGAUAUGCCUUCAACAGCAGGAACGCUCACCACUUACUGCGUUCCCUCCUCUCCUUGUAACGUUUCGCUCCCCAGGUACUUGUUUCUUCAACUGGCGCAAGAUAAUGAUUAUUAUAGUUCUUUGCCAGGCAUGUCGGAAGGGUUUGGACUGCUGAGCAGGCAAAUUGGCUUAACUCAGGGAAAAGUAGGGUAGAGAAAGAGGGAGAACUAGCAUUUAUUGAGACUCUGAGCCAGCCACUGGACAUUACUUAUCUAAUUCAAUCUUCAAAAGAAGCCCCGCAAGAUAAGUUGUUUUCUCUUUAUUUUAUAAAUGGAGAAAAGAAGGUCUGCUCAAGGUCACUUGGGGCUCGCCUCUGUGAGUGUGUGCUGAUGUUCUAAGCUCUUCUAUGACCAGUCUUUCCAGGCUGUUUUUUGUGGAGUAAUAAAUGUUUGUACAUGUGUGUGGGGAAGGAAGUUGGUAAGAGAGGUAUGGGUGUAAUAGUCAAGAAAGGAGGAACUUACUAUCUAACAUCCUUAAUUCAGUGCACAUGACUUCACUGAUUUACUUCGUUUGUGUGAUCUGCCUCCUUCCUGAUUGUUUUUGCACUACAGAAAAUCAAGAUAAGGUAGGGUUUUUUGUUUUUUUUGUUUUUUGCACAAGGGAACUCUACCAUUCCUAGUCUGGUAAUAUCAUUUUGGUGGUGGGACCUUGCAGGUGACCCAUGAUUUGACCAUUGAGAUCAGCUGGACAUGCACCAUUUUCAAAGAUGUGUAUUGCUGACCCCAAAUUCCACUCAACUAGGAGCAUAAUCUGUGGACAGGCCUCAGACAACUGCUGGUGAGGGCAGGCAAAACAGAACUUAUUUAACAUCUCGAAGGACAAGGGGACAACUUGACUUUUGAGGGCCAACUAAUUUGAAAACUUGUAGGUGCUAAAGAUUCCCUCCUCACCUGUUCUAUCAGUAUCGCUUCUGCCUUUUACUUACUGUGAUCAGCCUCUUAGAUCUUGGCAUUCAACAUGGAACAACUGUCUCCUUGGGUGUAGUCAGCUUAUGGUCUUCUGCUUGUAGAUCUUUAGGCUCUUGAAGGUUCACUAGCAUCUAUGUUCUGUUUACAGGGUUGGAGCUAUAGAUCAUCAUAAUGGAUUUAGCUUCAGGGCAAGAUAUCACUGGUAAGAUUCAAAUAUAGGAAAGGCUGUCUGCUCUCAAGACAUGCAGCUCUUUGCUUUAUUAUUAUUAUUAUUAUUUCUGAUGGGAUAUUUUUCCCCCCAGUAUUUUUUCAAUUCUACAGCUAAAAUAUAGGACUACGUGGGCAGGGGCUUCUGCCCUUGGCUUUAGAGGGUAAUGCUCUUAUUCUUCUCUGGUCAAGCCCUCGCCCGUUGGGUGAGGAGACUCCUGGAUCUCUGAGUCCAUACAGCCCUCCCUUUUUUAUACCAUAUUUUGGGUUCCUGGGAACCUAAAAUUCCCUGUCCAGGUGGUCCUGAACCAGCUUCUGUGGACUACACAAUCCCAUUGGCUUAUCUUCCUGAGAGCCUUUGUUGUCACUGGUGUGUGCACCCUCUGCUUGACAGGUAGCCAAGGGACAGCUGUGUGUGUGUGUUAGAGGUAGAACUUGGGUGUCCAUACACUUCCUACAAUGCCCACCCUGAUGCAGUAUCCAGGGAGUGGAAAGAGGAAGGCAGAUUUUCGGCUGGAACCCAGAGAUAGUGUCUCCCCAUACCAUUCAAUUCUAGGGAGGGACUUUGAAUAGUCCAGGAAUUCUCAAGUUGUACCUGGUCUUCUAAGACAUUAUGAAAGUAUAUUUGUCAGAUAAGAGAAUAGGACAUAUUUUAGCAGUUAGCUUGUUUUGUAGCUUGAAAUAUUUUGCCUUAUGGUAGGUGGGCCUCCAUUUGUACUCUUGCCCUGGCCCUGCCUGUGGUAGGGGUCCGUCUGGCAUCAGCAACAUUCCUUUACAGAAAUGUUGGGUAGAAAUUAAAUUUUUGCCAGUUGUGUUAUAUGUUCUCUGGAGUAGAGAGCAUUGUUUAUUAAUGAAAAAGUAUUUUAUAAAACUAAGAGUUUGUAAUCAUACUGUUGUAUUUCCUUUGGGAAAUUCAGAUUUUCAUUGUUUGUAUUUUCUAUUCAUUUGGCUUGUCCUAAAUUAAUUUUUUUUUUCCUUAAUGCCCUAGUUGCAUUUCCUCAGUGUAUUGGGAACACUAGGGCAAGGUAAAGCUUAUCUGGAUGUUUUUUUCUACUCGUAUAAAUAUUUUACUGCCUUCUCAAGCCUCUUCAGGAAAGCAAGAAAAUUAAGAGAGUUUAAGGCAGUAAAAAGCCCUCCUGAUGCUAAAAAGGUAUAGAAUUGUCAUAACUAGGCAUUUUAGAGAACCAGCGAUUGGGCAGAAAAAGCAUGAAUGCCUUUGAAGGAAAAUGUGGGGUCACGUAUGUAUUUUCAGCAGAUGCUAGAGCAGCUCUUUACCGGUUCAAGUUGUAAACCAUUACAGAGAUUCGUGGACUGUAGGAGGUAACUCACUCUGCUGCUUUGGGAAUGACUCUCUGUCAUCCCGAAACUCUGCACAACUUUUUUCCACAGGCAAAGGGAAUCUGCCAUCUGCCCUGUAUGAGUGGUAUUCCCAUCUUAGAAACCUUUACCCCAGAGACCACAUAUGAACAAAACCAAAACCAAACCCACUGCCGGCGAGUCAAUUCUGACUCAUAGCAACCCUAUAGGACAGAGUAGGACUGCCCCAUAGGGUUUUCAAGGCUGUAAAUAUUUAUGGAAGCAGACUGCCACAUCUUUCUCCCAUAGAGCGGCUGGUGGGUUCAAACCACAGACCUUUUGGAUAGCAGCCGAGCGCUUAACCACUGCACCACCGGGGCUCCCUACAUAUGGAUGGAUUUCCCAAUAAUGAGAUCUUAUAACCUGUCUGGAUCAGGCUGAGCACUUUGUGUGUACUAUUUAAGCCUUAAAGCAACUCUCUGAGGCAGGUUUUAUAAUGCUCAUUUUUCCAUUUUACAGGCAGAACACCAAGUCCUCCUGAUAUUAGAAACUUACUUAAAGCCACUCAGUUAACCAAUGAUUAUGUUGGGAUCUGAACGAGGAUGGUCUGUCUUAGGGGCCUGGAGCCCUAAUUGUUAUACUGUACUGAAACUAUGCUGCCUCAGUUGACAAAAACCACUUCUCCAUUUUAUCAUUGGUGGUGGGAGAGUCUUGGCAUUAAGAGAAAUAAUGAUGAUACCCAACAUUUUUCCUUGUGCUUUAGCAUUUUUCGUAUAUUGACUCAUUUAACUUCCAUAGCUAAAAAAAAGUUUCAACACUAUACCAGGUAAUCAGACACCAUGCUUGUCUUGUGACCUCAAUGGGAAAAUUAAGGAUGUACAUCAAGGGAUAUAGUAUUGGCUGAAUCAUGGAACAGUUACGCCAUCAAGGAGUCUAAGUAUUCUAGUUAAAAUAGGCACUUUAUUGAUUUGGAAGAAGUGGGGAAGUUCCAGGAUGCAUCAGAUAUGUAGGGGAAAGGUGAUGGAAUGCCAAGGAAGAUUUACCUUGAAACCUGUGGCACUUAAAGACCUCUCCCUGGUAUAAACCCUUCCUGGGCCCUGACAGAAGUCCCACCAAUGUGGUGAACCAGUGUCAGCGCGUCAAAAAUAUGUAAGAAAAUCUGAAAUGCCCGGAACCUCACGAGUCACAUACUAAAGAAACUUUAUAGAGACUUCCCAAAUUUGGAGGCCAUCUAAAAAAUUUAUGUGGCCUUACCUCUAAUGCAUUAUGAAAUUGAAAGAAAGUUUCCCAAAUUAUUCAGUAAUCAAUUAUAAAUUCUGAUCGAGUAAAGGUGCAAUGGGAAGACGGAAUAUUUUUCUAUUUUUUCUGUAGAGAAUAUUGUAAAAUGUUAUCGGAAAAGGUGAUUAAAAAUUACGUGGUCAAAAAUGUAGGGAAAAUAUUUCAGAGAUAUGUCAGUCAGAUAAUUGAUAAGAAUAUUUGUUUUCUUUUAAAUUUUAUAUCUGUGGUAUUUGCAGCUUGUUAAAAUUUGUUAUUUGUUAUGAUACCAUUUGUAAUCCUAAAUAAAUAUUUUUCAUUCCUAAAUUUCUAUUCUUAAUUUUAUAUCCUUUGUCUUAAACAGUGCCCCUGAAAUUUGUAAGCUUCAGCUUCUACAAGAACUGAGUCUACACAUAAUGUUAACGACGACAUGAUGGUCACGGACAACAACGGUGCGUUCAAGUUGCGGCAACUGUGUAAAUUUUGUGACGUGAGAUUUUCCACCUGUGACAACCAAAAAUCUUGUAUGAGCAACUGCAGCAUCACGUCCAUCUGUGAGAAACCACACGAAGUCUGUGUGGCUGUAUGGAGAAAGAAUGAUGAAAACAUAACACUAGAGACAAUUUGCCAUGACCCCAAGCUCCCCUACCAUGGAUUUGUCCUGGAAGAUACUGCUUCUUCAAAGUGUAUUAUGAAGGAGAAGAAAACGGUUGGUGAGACCUUCUUUAUGUGUGCCUGUAGCGCUGAGGAGUGCAAUGACCACGUCAUCUUCUCUGAAGAAUAUAACACCAGCAGCCCUGACUUGUUGCUAGUCAUCAUCCAAGUGACAGGCGUCAGCCUCCUGCCGCCGCUGGGGGUCGCCAUAGCUGUGAUCAUCACCUUCUACUGCUACCGCGUUCACCGACAGCAGAAGCUGAGCCCAUCCUGGGAGACCAGCAAGCCAAGGAAGCUCAUGGAGUUCAGUGAGCACUGUGCCAUCAUUCUGGAAGAUGACCGCUCAGACAUCAGCUCUACCUGCGCCAACAACAUCAACCACAACACAGAGCUGCUGCCCAUUGAGCUGGACACCCUGGUAGGCAAGGGCCGCUUCGCCGAGGUCUACAAGGCCAAGCUGAAACAGAACACUUCAGAGCAGUUUGAGACCGUGGCAGUCAAGAUCUUCCCCUAUGAGGAGUAUGCCUCUUGGAAGACAGAGAAGGACAUCUUCUCCGACAUUAACCUGAAGCAUGAGAACAUACUCCAGUUCUUGACGGCCGAGGAGCGGAAGACAGAGCUGGGGAAGCAGUAUUGGCUGAUCACUGCCUUCCACGCCAAGGGUAACCUACAGGAGUACCUCACGAGGCAUGUCAUCAGCUGGGAGGACCUGCGCAAGCUAGGCAGCUCCCUUGCCCGAGGCAUUGCUCACCUGCACAGUGAUCAUACCCCUUGUGGGAGGCCCAAGAUGCCCAUUGUACACAGGGACCUCAAGAGCUCCAAUAUCCUUGUGAAGAACGACCUGACCUGCUGUCUCUGUGACUUCGGGCUUUCAUUGCACCUGGACCCUACUCUGUCUGUGGAUGACCUGGCCAACAGUGGGCAAGUGGGAACUGCAAGAUACAUGGCCCCGGAAGUCCUCGAAUCCAGGAUGAAUUUGGAGAAUGUUGAGUCCUUCAAGCAGACCGAUGUCUACUCGAUGGCUCUGGUCCUCUGGGAAAUGACGUCUCGCUGUAAUGCGGUGGGAGAAGUGAAAGAUUACGAGCCUCCGUUUGGGUCCAAGGUGCGGGAGCAUCCGUGUGUCGAAAGCAUGAAGGACAAUGUGUUGCGAGAUCGAGGACGACCAGAAAUUCCUAGCUCCUGGCUCAACCAUCAGGGCAUCCAGAUGGUGUGUGAGACGCUGACCGAGUGCUGGGACCACGACCCCGAGGCCCGUCUCACGGCCCAGUGCGUGGCAGAGCGCUUCAGUGAGCUGGAGCACCUGGACAGACUCUCGGGGAGGAGCUGUUCCGAGGAGAAGAUUCCAGAAGAUGGUUCCCUGAACACUACCAAAUAGUCUUCCCGGGGUGGGCUGAACCGAGUCCAAAGGGGCCACCCCUUUUGCCAAAGAUCAGAGGCAGCAGGAAGCUGCCCCUGCACUGAUACUUCCUGGAAAACCAAGGGGGUCACCCCCUCCCUGUACGCUGUGGGGGUGCACAGACUUGGGCGCAGCGGGGAGCGGGUGACAUGAAGCGUUCUGUGCUUUUGACCUUGUCAUAGGAUAAGCUGUGUUAGCACUGCCUCAGGAAAUGAGAUGGAUUUUUACAAUAGCCAAUAACAUUUGCACUUUAUUAAUGCCUGUAUAUAAAUACGGAAUAGCUAUGUUUUUUAUAUAUAUAUAUAUGUCUAUAUCUAUAUACACAGCCAUACUCUGAAAGCAGACAAGGAAAAAGAUCAAAAAUUCCCAGGAAGUUGCUUUUAUUGGAGAGCUCUAAAACCGAGCAGAGGAGGUAGCCACCCACGACAGUAUUAGCGCUUGACAAUCACACAGGCGAUGGUUCUCUGAUGAUGUUAGGGGGGACUUUGCAUUAGGGAGAGUGGUUCCUUGUCUCAGAGCCUGCUAUUGCCAUGUUGCCCUUGCUCUUGCAAAAUCCUAAUUCUCUGCAAGUGGGUUCUCUUCUGGUGGUGGAGUGAGAGACUGUUGCACUGUCUGGGGACCGGCGUGCCUAGGGUUCCUGCGUGUGGUUGUUUCUCACGGACUUCUCCUUUGAGCCUCAAACCUCACAUCUGGUGUGUGAAUCACUGUAGCUCCCUCAAUCUGACUCAGAAACUCGGCCCUGUCUCUAGAUGUGGAACGUUUUGAGAGCCGCUUUUUACCUUCAUAGGCUGUAGAAAAUCAGAAUCAAUUUCCCAACCCGCGGGAUUAGAAAGCUGUCUUCUAUUUGCCACACAUUUUACUAAUGAGAGAUCGUUCUUUUUUCUGUCUCCCCCAAUACCUGUAUCACUAGUCUACGUCCCGUCCCUUCACUCUUUCUUAAAAGGGAACAAAUCCCCCACCCCCACCCCCACCCCCGAGGUUCAUCAUGUUUAAUUUUUCAGCACACUUGGUUUGAGCCUCUAACUUUCUAUGCAAACACCAAGGGAUUCCAUCUUUCCUGGUCUGCUGGACGCUCAAGCACAUGUGAGCCUAGUGGAAAGGAUUGGCGUGACACAAUGCUGCCACAUUCAGGACUAUUUCCUUGGGCACUCUGAACAUGUUUUGUUUGGCCAGCAUAGCACUUAAAAAGAUUGAGCCACUAUUUAAAUAUUUGGAAUUUUUGCAAAAAAAAAAAAAAAAAAAAAACAAUUGGAAUCCUGGGUGAGGAAAGCAGAUGGUUUCCAGUUCUUUCGAGUCCACAUCGUUCUUAAAGCACAGAUAUGUACACACUUAGAAAGCAGCUUCAGUUCUCACUGUAGGCAUUCGCCAAUGCCCACCUUCACCCCAGUCUGGGAAUUAAACCUGACCUUAACCAAGGUGCCUUCUAAGAAAUGUGUGUCCAAGCAGUCUCUGGCUACAUAAGAUGAUGUAGAUUCUCUCCCACUGACCUGAUCUGAGUUUAAGACUUGCAGUUGACCUUUCAUUGGACUGAAGGGGACCUCCUCUUUGUGGCCCUGGUUAACUUGAGUCUCUUUUAUGUUAAGAAUUUUUUGAUUGCUCUUUACUCCAAGAUGCUUUUCUUAUGGUUCCCAGGCCCUCCAUGAUGCAAACCUUCCCAACCUUUGCAGAAUUUGCUAGCGAGAACUUCAGUGUGGAAGACGAGAGUCCCAUUUGCGGUUAGGGACUUGUCCACGUGCACAAGAAGAAAGAAUGAGCUUUAAUUCUCCAUAGGAAACUCGUUAACCCAUGAACAAAUGUUGAUGUUGCUAGCAACAAUCUCUUUUUUAAAAAUGUUUUUUGAAGCUACUUAUUUUCAGCCAAAUAGGAAUAUGAGAGGGGCCGGCAGCGAGCAAAACUCAGCACAACUAUUUGGAUUUUUUGGAAGGCCUCAUUUCAUGGGGGUUUUAGGAGAUACCCUGAAGUUUGGCAUUCGAUGUGACUUCCAGGCACCCUGUUCAGUGGGGGUGGGCUGAGAGAGGUAAGGCGCAGGGUGGCUGCAAUCCCAUGGAAGCACCUGGAAAAUCCAUGUGCAUCUUAGGGCUUGCUGAUGCCGUCCCAACAGCUGUUGCUCAUUGACCUCUAGUGAUGGAUUUCUAGAAUACUGGUCCAUUACUGGGCUCUUCCAAGAUUCAAAGAGCUUUAUCACUUCUGAGUCAUCGUCAGCAUAAACUGGAAUGUAGUGUCAGAUGAUACCACGGCCUGUUUUGUUUAAGAUGUUGUUGUUGUUGUUUUCUUAUUCAAGGUAAAAGACCAAGGAAUAACAUUCUGUAAUUCCUAAAAAUACUGACCUUUUUUUUUUUUUUUUA